AGGACGAGCCGUUGUUGUGUACACAGGCGUAUUGAUUGUCGGGCAUGGAGAACAGAGCAGCCUCGGCUCGGGAGCCGAUACCUGAAUCAACACGGCUGCUUCUUAACCAGCUUUUCCUUUUUAUUUGACGGGAACAGACCGUCGCUACAGUCGGAGUGAACUUUGCCGCUUCGCCUCGUCGCGGCUUGGGUACUGGCGGAGCAGAAAGGGCGACGAAAAGCCGAAAAAUUGCUGUUGUUAGCUGUUUAACCUCGGCUAGGUUAGGUUAGCUAACGGUUAGCUUCGUGUGUGUCUGUAGCGUCGCUUCUCCGGUCCGUCAAGUCCGUUGGUAGGUUAGCUGUGGCGUUUAUCCGUCUGUGUGAGGCGGCUAUGGUUGCCUAAAGAGCUCGGUGAGCAGGUGUUUUUAGCCAGAAAGAAAGACUUCCUCUUUAUUUAUUCGCAUAGUCUGUCGCGCCAGGCUCGGUGGAGGGUGGCUGAGUCGAGUGAGUGUCCGAUAAUGCAGUGCGGUUAUCGGCUCGUACAGACGCUGCUUCACCGUCGCCGGAACACGAAGCUCGGGGAGACGAGAGCGACGACACUCUGCUGAGGUUCUGCUCGCCGAGGGGUGGAAUUCAUGGAGAUUUCUGCUUUAAACUACGCCUUGGGAUAGCCUCGGUUCUUGGGCCAUUUGUGAGCGUCUGGAUAACCUGUUUUUGGGGACGCUGAACCCUCCAUGAGACUGGAUUCUUUCUCUCAUACACCUCGCUUUUUUGUGGUCGUGAGAAAAACGCGAACAAAUCCUCCGGUUGAGAGAGUAAACCUGUUAUUGCGGAACUGAGGGCAUGUUUUUUGUCGGAAUAAGACUAUUUUAAAGCACACCGGGACCCUAUGUGGAUAUAGAGGCCCAUCUACGCUUCAAUUUAUGAUUCCUCGAGGCGUCUCCCAGCCGUAGAGCCCAAAGCUGCACCAUGCUGGCGUGCCUGCAGAGAAGACAGAACCACCCGGCCCAGCACCCAGUGUGUGCUGGCAAGAUUCUGGACACCCCCAUCAAUCAGAAAAGUGACCUGAGCUCCAUGCAGGGUCCGCGGUACCCCUCCGCUGCCGAGCUGGACGCUUAUGCACAGAAGAUGGCCGACAGCCCGCUAUCAAUCAAGAUUUUCCCCUCCAACAUCAGGGUCCCCCAGCACAAACAAAUCAGCCGGACUGUCAAUGGUUUGGACACCACAGGGCAACGCUUCAGCCCUUAUUCUCACCCCUACUCUGGGGGCUACCAAGGCUUGCUGGCCAUUGUGAAAGCUCCAACUGUCACCAAAGGCGUGGUGAAGAGCUCAGACGGCAAGAGGACUAAACUGUCACCUAUCCAAAUGGCGGUGGCUCCCUAUGCACCGCCCACCAACAACAGUGUAGUCAACAGGCACAGGCAAAGGCCAUACAGUAUGGAGCUUUGCAAGCCUCCCGAGGUGCCUAAGAUCCCUGCGCCUCACAAUGUCAUGGUGGCAGCUUCCGCCGUGACACUUUCCGGUGGUCAGAGCUUGGCUCUGGCUCCCCACUCUGACCACAUGGCCCACAACAUGGUGAGGCAGAUGGCCAGGACCUCUCAUGCCCAGGGGCUGCAGGUGCCUGGAGAAGUCCAUUCCAGUCCUUCCCAUCAGGCAGCCACGGCUGUGGCAGACUCCGGCUUUGGCAUGGCAGGGCCACCUCAGAGCAGCUUGGCCUACUCGGGAGCAGUGCUUCCCACCCAAACUGCUGAUAUGGCCAAAGCUUCAGGCUAUGUGGACAGUAUGGAUUAUGCUGUAUGGCAGCCCAAACAGCAAAGACAUCAGCAGCAGCAGCAGCAGAAGCAGCACUAUCAGCAGGGCCACCUGCGUAUGUACAGUGCCAACAGCAGCAGCAGCAGCAGCAGAGCUGCCAUUAGCAGGUCUCCGGAUGUCUGCCUGCCAGCAGGAACGACCCAGCUCCCAUACAGGGCCCAUACGCUCAGCACAGGGACCAGCAUAGCGGGCGGUGUGCUGGACAAGGUCAGCUCCUCACCUCUAAACUGUGCAGCCAUGCACAGCGAGUUUUCAGUUGGCCAGUUCUUCGUGCCACCUUGGAACAGUGUACUUGCCACGCCCAACAGCGACUGUUACAAUCCACAGGAGCUGCCGCCGGGCUCAGUGGGACUCUCUCAUGCUCACGCCCAGCGCCACCCGCAGCAGUACCCAGGUGAUCAUGCUGUGGGCCCGGGUCUGUGCUGUGGGCUGCCUGGCCGGGGCUUGUGCCAGGCCUCGCUCCUCAGCAGCAGCCUGCAGUCUUUGGAGUGCCUGAUCAGCGAGAUCCACCCGCCCUGCAUCAAGGAGCGCAUGCUGGGCCGUGGCUAUGAGGCAGUGGCCGUGCCACGCCUUCUUGAGCACCAGCCCACGCACAUCCAGCUGCCAGUGUUCAGAUAGGGGGCGUUAGGCUGCCGGGUUCGGGGAAGUGAAAAGCAGACUGUUUGUGGAUUAGGCAACUAGAGGUAGAUUUGUAUCAGACAUGCCUUUUGGUGGAUGCGUGCCAUUGGUAAAGGGCUCAGUGGGUCUUUGCGAAGCUUAAAAGGGUAACAGCAAUCCUGACUGACCGUAAAAAGGUCAGAGAGUUGCAGUUUCACCUGUGCUAACUGGACUGAAUUUAAGAAGUACUCAGAUAUACUCAGAUACUGUUUAGCACCAACAGGGAUUUUUGUGUUAUCGUACCAUUUACUUCCAACCGAAAUGAAUCUGAAUAAACCUUUUCAGAUUAGCUGCCAAAUAUGUGACAAGAAGCAAGUCUUUAACUGCCCACUAGUUACAGGACAUUGUGAUAACUUCAGGUCUGUGCUGUUUACUCGAAAACCAUAAAAAAAAUAAAUAAAAAGUCUAGUGAACCCUUGGUGGCAGACAUUUGUAAAGCCCUGUUAAUAGUACUCAAUCAUAAUAGUUAUAAAUUUUUCCAAUUGCACUGUUAUACAAAAAAAUAUAUAUAUGAAGAUUUCUCUGGCAUGGGUUGGUUCUAGGAACAUUUCAUCUUAAAAGGAAACUUGAAUUUUUUUUUCUGUAUUAUGUUUGUGUCUACCUGUAGAUAGACAUAUUUAUAAAUAUGUUUAUUCUAGCUGUUCCAUCUAUAUGUGACCUUUUUUUUUUUUUUUUUUUU